AUGACACAAGUUAUCAACAAUUCGGGUCAUGAUGACAUGAUUCACGAUGCAGUCCUCGAUUACUACGGCCGACGCCUCGCAACCUGCUCCUCCGACAAAACCGUCAAGAUCUUCGAGGUAGAAGGCGAUUCGCACCGUCUGACCGAAACACUCAAAGGCCAUGAAGGAGCAAUAUGGUCCAUCUCCUGGGCACACCCCAAAUACGGCAACAUCCUCGCCUCGGCCUCGUACGACGGCACCGUUUUCAUCUGGCGAGAAACGCCCCCCUCAGGCUUCACUCGAAUCUUCGACUUCGCACUGCACACCGCAUCCGUAAACAUAAUCUCCUGGGCGCCCCACGAAUCCGGCUGUCUGCUCGCGUGCGCGUCGUCCGACGGCAACGUCAGCGUGCUAGAAUUCAAAGACAAUUCCAUGGACCACGUGCUCUUCCACGCGCACGGCGUCGGCGUGAACAGCGUCUCCUGGGCGCCGAGCACGCAGGCAGGUAGUCUGGUGAGCGCCGGCGGUAGUGGGAAGGGUGGGGAGCGGAGGUUCGUUACGGGGGGGAGUGAUAACCUGGUAAAGAUUUGGGGAUUCGAUGUAGCGUCGCAGUCGUAUAAACAGGAAGGCGCGCCGUUGACGGGCCAUACGGAUUGGGUGCGCGAUGUGGCGUGGUCGCCUACCGUGCUGCAGAAAAGCUACAUUGCGUCUGCGAGUCAGGAUAAGACGGUGCGCAUCUGGACCAGCGAUCCCAGUCAGCCGGGCGUGUGGGAGAGCAAGGUUUUGUCCUUUGAGGUUGUGCUGUGGAGGGUGAGUUGGAGUUUGAGCGGGAAUGUGUUGGCGGUUAGUGGGGGCGAUAACAAGGUUAGUUUAUGGAAGGAGAAUCUGAAGGGGGAGUGGGAAUGUGUUAAGAGUAUCGAGGAAUAG